GACUUCCGGACCCGCGGAAAACGCGCGCUGGGAUUUGAGCUUGCAGGUUCCGAUCCCGCAGCUGGUGGCGGCGGCCGAGGCGGCAUGGAUCUCCGAGAGCUGGAGCGGGACAAUACGGGCCGCUGUCGCCUGAACUCGGCUGUGCCCGCCGUGUGCCGACAGGAACCCUGCGUUCUGGGCGUCGACGAAGCGGGCCGAGGCCCUGUCCUGGGGCCCAUGGUCUAUGCAGUCUGCUAUUGCCCCCUGUCCCGCCUAGCGGAUUUGGAGGCCCUGAAGGUCGCAGACUCAAAGACCCUGUCGGAGAACGAGCGGGAAAGGCUCUUUGCCAAAAUGGAAGAGCACAGGGACUUUGUGGGCUGGGCUCUGGACGUGCUGUCUCCAAACCUCAUCUCUACCAGCAUGCUUGGACGGGUUAAAUACAACCUGAACUCUCUGUCCCAUGAUACCGCUGCUGGGCUAAUCCAAUAUGCCUUGGAUCAGGGUGUGAAUGUUACACAGGUAUUCGUGGACACCGUGGGGAUGCCAGAAACAUACCAGGCGCGGUUGCAGCAACGCUUCCCUGGGAUUGAUGUGACGGUCAAGGCUAAGGCUGAUGCCCUUUACCCGGUGGUCAGCGCUGCAAGCAUCUGUGCCAAGGUGGCUCGAGACCAGGCCGUGAAGCACUGGCAGUUUCUCGAACAAUUGGAAGACUUGGACACUGACUAUGGCUCAGGCUACCCCAAUGACCCCAAGACAAAAGCCUGGUUGAGGAAGCACAUAGAGCCCGUGUUCGGCUUCCCUCAGUUUGUCCGGUUCAGCUGGCGCACGGCCCAGACCAUUCUAGAGAAGGAGGCUGAGGGGGUGAUAUGGGAGGACUCAGAAGCCGCUGCUCCGGAAGGACUUGGAAGGAUCACGUCCUAUUUCCUGCAGGAGGAACCCCGAAAUCGCCCCCGUGGACCCCACCGGUACUUUCAGGAACGGGGCCUGGAAGCAGCCACCAACCUGUAGGAGCCAGCCCUGAGUUAAAAA